CAACAAGUACAUGGCCAAAACUAAACAACCACCACGCACUGUCUCACUAGGAUCCGGUGCCUACGGACACUGGAUCGGAUCCCCUGGUGCCUCGCAUGUGCUUAUCUGGUACCACGGCGGCGGAUUCGCACUCCCAGCAAACAGAGGAUACUUCAAAUUUUUCGCGCGACUGCUGGCAGACGCGAAUAAAUCGCAGCCAAACUCACUGUCCGUGUUCUGUCUGAGUUAUACGCUCGCUCCGCACGCGCAGUAUCCAACCCAACUCCGCCAAGCAGUCGACUGUCUACGCCAUGUGCUAGAAACCCACACUCCAGAGAAGGUGUUAUUAGGUGGCGAUUCCGCCGGUGGCAACCUGGUCGGCGGGGUGCUCUCGCAUCUCGCGCACACCCACCCCGAAAUCAAGCCCAUCAACCUCUCCGGUGCUCAAAUCAAGGGCGCCAUAAUGCUAAGCCCCUGGACAUCGCUGGACAGCGAAUUCCCCGACCAAGAUAUUGAUUCUCGGGGUGACAUUGUCACCGAGUAUGUAGCGGGCCCCUGGGCAGGGGGGUACCUCGGUUCGGCGGCGCGAGAUUAUUACACGGAUCUGUCGCGGGCACCGACGGAGUGGUAUGCAAGUUUUCCGGUAGAGCGGAUGCUUGUUUGUGCGGGGGGCACGGAGAUUAUGCUUCCGUUGUUGGAGGAUUUGGUGGGUAAGAUGAAGGCGGGGAGGAAGGUGGAAUUUGUCGUUGGGGAAAGAGAAUGCCAUGUUGCGCCGGUUUAUCAUUUGUAUGUUGGGGAGGGGACAGAGACGGAGCAGGGGAAGGAGGUCAAGGUGUUUUUGAGGGAGUGCAUCGGGAAGGCACAGUAGCGCGUCGGUCAUAGUAACAUUUAUGCUUGUGAUUUAGUACAUAGGAAAUAAUACCAGCACAUA